UUCCAUGAUAACAUUUAAUAAUUUGCAUCUCAUGUAAUAACGUGUUAAUGGUGUAAAUUCCAAGCCAGGAAGAGUGCCGAAAACAGUACCUAGUUAUUUUGAUAGGUUGAAUGUUCAAUAUUAAUAAAUAUUAUUUGACUAUUCAAUUUUGAUAUCUGUGUACGAUUUUUAGAGAAUUUUAAAAUGACUAUAAACCGGUAUUUAAUAUACUUUUCGUACAUCGGAACUAGAUUUCGUGGAGUACAACGACAAUUGACUUAUGAUAUGGUUCAUCAUGAUGAUCCAUCUUCUGUGCAAGGAUUGUUAGAAUAUGCUUUUAAACAAUUACAACCUGUAAAUAAUCCAAAAUUACACUUAUCUAGUCGAACCGACCAAGGAGUUCACGCAUUUAAAUCAUCUGCUCACAUUGACUUAGAACUACCAUAUUCUUGUCAUCCCAACAAAAUUGUAUUUCAAGUUAAUAGUUUUUUAAGUUCAUGCCAAGUUCCUAUUAAACUUGUUGGAGCCCAAAUUGUUUCUAAUGAAUUUAAUGCAAGAGCAUGUGUAAAAUGGAGGAAAUAUUUAUAUCGAUUAGCCGUGUUAAAACCAGAUUAUAAAGAUUUAUAUGCUGAAAGAUUUGUAUUUCCAAUUCCUAUUAUAGAAGAGAAUCGAUGUUUUUUUAUUCUAAAUCCUGAAUUUGAUUCAGAACUUGUGCAUAAUGUAUUGCCUCUUUUUAUUGGAACUAAAGACUUUAGAACUUUCAUGGCUAAACCUAAACUAAAUACUGAUAUAAAAACAGAACGGACAUGGAAUAGUAUUAAAUUAAUUCCAAGCUUGUCAUUUUAUCCUACAGACUUUGACAAAUAUUAUAAUUAUUGGGAUAUCCAUGUUAAUGCAAGAUCAUUUCUUUAUAAACAAAUUAGACGUACAGUUGGUGUACUUAUAAAAGUUGCUCAAAAAGUAAUUACAUAUGAUGACGUUAAAUAUAUGUUUGAUAACCCUGCAAGUGAAAGUUGGAACCCUAAAGUAUCAACUGCACCAGGUCAUGGUCUAUAUUUGUAUGACUUGGGCUAUGAUGAAGCAGAUUUAGCAGUACCAAUUGAAGAUAAAAAGUUGAAAUUACCAGUUCAUAGUGAAAACCAAGAUAACAUUUCUUUGGAUUUAAAAAAAGAAAUUAUCAAACAACGUAUUGAGAAUCGAAGAAUUUCACUGAAUACUAGAAUCUCUAAGUCUAGAGAAAAAAUUAAGAAUCAUGAGCUUCUUAGAUCAGCUGAAAAGUAAAAAAAAAAGCUUAGAAAGAGUUGAAACUAAAUUAACUACAGAAAGUGGCCUUGUUUAUAAAGAAAU